UAAUUUGGUCGGAACUCUUUUGCUUUAACGUAUAGUUUGCUGAACUAUUUCUGUUCCGUACGUAUAGUGAAUACUGCACAGUAUUGAUUGCAAUAUGUGCGUUUGAUCGAAUCCACUGUUCGUUAACAUAUUUUUACAAUUGCUCGUACGAAUUUUUUGUUAAAGUGAGUUUACUACAGCAUUAAAGGAUUGGCAUAUUUCUAAAAAAUGGAGUUAAAUAAAAAGCUAUUGGAGCAAGGAUGGCACUUAACUGAUGACGGUCUUCAGAAAGUUAUUGCUACUGCUUCCAAUACGGGUGGUCCUGAAGUCAAUGAUGUGCGAAAAAUUAUAUCAACCAUUAUGGACAUGGACUUCCGUGAUAUUGCGGGUGGAGCACUUCCCAUUAAAAGGGACGAUAAUAUUCCUGGGCGAAUCGUAUUACAAUUACAGAAAACACGUAAUAUCUCGGCCCCAAAGAGUAACGAGGACUCAAAAGCUGCACCACGAUUUUUACAGUUAGAAUUAAGUGAUGGGCUAACCACGAUACAAGCAUUGGAAUUAGAAAAUAUUUCAGCGCUGAGCAUGAACUUGCCUCCUGGAACAAAAAUUUAUUUUCGAGCAGAGAAAAUCCAGUUGAUGCAAGGUUUUUUAAUAUUGCGGUCGUCUGAGAUCCAAGUUUUGGGCGGACGUGUUGAACCAAUGAUUGAAAAGUGGGAAUUGGCUCGCACCAUGCAAAAAUACGCACGUAGUGGACGUCGAAUGAGCGGAGCCACGGGACCACCUCCAUGGAUACCGUUUGGAAAAAAGGUUGAAACAUCACUUUCAAAAGAGCUUAACUUUAAAAGCUUAAAAGCGGGAUUAUCUGAGGGGAAAGAGUCCAAAGAGAACGAGGAGUUUAAUGCCAUGCGUAGCGAGGCUAUAGCAGAAGCUAGUAAAGCAGGUGCUAAAAAGGUCUUUGGCGGAGGGGGGCAACAAAUGCUGGAUCAUAAUGUUAAGAAGAUACUCGAAAAAGGUUUCAGUGAAGAAGAAGCUAAGCAGGCCUUGCGUGCUACCAAUAAUAACCUGGAACGAGCACUAUUCAAUCUCAAACGUCGGGGCGAGAUUAAACGAACAGAUGACUUCGGGAGCUCAAAAAACUCACAAGUUAACUCUUUUAAUUCUGCAAAAACUAGUCGAGGGCCCACGCGUGAAAUAGGUUUGGGAAAACGUGGUGGAUCAAUAGUAAAAGAAGAAACAAUAGUAGCGAAACCAGCUGGGAAUGUUUCACUUUUCGAUUUUUUGACUGAUAAGCUACCAGUCGAUGCCGGAUCGAAUACACCUAUCAUGACUACAACUCAUACUACAGCUUUGUCUAAUAUUCCAGGCAAUCCUGUAAAACCUAGUAAAUUGGAAAAAAAUAAGAAAGAAGCCCCAAAAUCCACACAUUCUGAUAAUAAAAAUGCAGAAACCAAUGCUGAUUCUAAUAGCAGUGUUAUGCGUCCAAGGUUUGAAAACAAUAUGUCUAGCAGUUUCGCUGCUAAUCAUUCAAUUGGGCCACCAAAUUUUCGUCAAAGAAGUGAUCGUGGUAGUACUGUCAGUCGCGGUGGACUCGGUAACAACGAACGUGGCAGAAGUACAUCAAAUUUUAAUCCUUUCAAAGAUACUGGUAAUGAACGUAUUAAUAGCGCUUCGCGCUUACCUGGAAGCCAAUCAACAAACAAUAAUCAAAACCAAAGUCGUAAUAACCGCGGGUCGUAUGAACGGGGGAAAGUUUCGAAUCAGUUAAGUAGAGAUUUACAACAAAGUGGUGCCAGUGGUGGAGGCAAGCGAGGAAAUGAAAAACAACAACAAAAAAGUCAUGGGGGCGAAGAACGUAGCUCCGGUCCGAAUGAAAGCAGGAAUCGCUUUACCAGCAAACAUGACAGUAGUAGUCGUCAACAAAACAAUAACGCUGACACUCAAAACUUGAAUAAUUCAAACUCAAUGAAUAAUUUAAUUGAAGCUACUUCGAAAAUGAAAGUUUCCGACUCAGAACGUAGUGAUCAUCAUUUAACGGGAACUAGUUCAAGUGGAGAAGGUCGCCCAAAUUCACAUAAUUAUCAAAAUACCUCUCAAAAUUUUGGCGCCAGUCAGCUACCUAAUCAAAUUCAAGGUUCUACGCAAUUUCCAAACGGUUAUGCUUACGAUACAAGUAAAAUUAUUGGAUUUCAAAAUAAAGAAACGAAUGAAUUCGCCAUGACUUUGUUGAAGAGUCAGGGCUUAGGUUCUUCGGAAUCAACGGUAUCUAUUCAACAGCAGCAACAACUAUUGUCUGAUAAAGCAAAUAACCGGACCUCACAGCCAAGUCUACAAAUUUCCAAUGAUAAUUAUAUAUCACCUGUUUCGCCGCAUCUACAAACACCGUCUCAACUAUGUGGAUACGCCGCGCCCACAAGUGACUAUUCUGUACCUACUCCAACAACAGUAUCCACUGUAGCACCGAUUCCGAGUCAUUUUGGAAUGGUUCCCGGUGAUGGCUGGCAUUGGAAAGUCGGAGAUCUUUGUUUUGCAAAAUACUGGGACGAUGGUCGUUAUUAUGAAGCUGAAGUCACAGCAGUAUCAGAGAAAACAUGUGUGGUCUUUUACCUUGGGUAUGGUAACCACGAGGAAGUUUUGAAAUCUGAUUGUCUGCCAAUAACCGAUGGCAAUCACUGUCCCAUAAAUAACUACAAUGCGGCUACUUCAUAUCAACAAUCUCAACAAGGAAAAUCACGUGCCAUUACAUCUGCUCAUCCAGCUCAACAGAUCCAAACAGGUGGAGCGUAUCAGCGUGGAGGAGGUGGGUCGCAGCGUUUUCGUGGUGAAAGGCAAAUGUAUGUACCGCCGCAUAAGCGCGACAAUUGACAGGAUGUGGCAUUUCAGGUUGCAACAACAAAAUUAACACUUACGCAAUAACAACAUUUGUAUAAAUUUAAUUAUGCCCAUCAUUGAAAAUAUUUAAUCACAAUAUACAAUAAUGUAGAAUGUGCUCAGAAGAAAUAAUCGUGGUAGUGGUAAUUUCACUGCGCUCUAUGUUUAGCAAACAAUUUAACAGCCCACUGCAAAGUCACAACAAUGUGAUAAUCUUGUACAUAAACAAAAUAGAAGGCAGUAAGUUCGAGAAAUUAAGUAUUAUCCAUCUCCUUACCUAAAUAUAAUAAAGUGUUUUGAAACUCUG